AUGUCUCCUAAAGCACCGUGCGCCCCCAGUGACCUGCGCUCAUGCAGAGACGCAGUGACGCUCAGCAGGUUUUCUCCAACUGUAGCUGGUGACACUUCAGAAGACUCCGGUGAAAACAUCCCUCAGAAAUCACUGACUGUUCCCGGAGGUGAAGCCUCCUCAAUAAAAAAUGUAAAACAUAAAAGCAGAGGUGAGCAGCGGGGCCGGCGCAGAGUGAAGGCAAACGACAGAGAGCGCUCCCGGAUGCACAACCUGAACUCCGCUCUGGAUGCGCUGCGGAGCAUCCUGCCGGCGCUGCCCGAGGACGCGAAGCUGACCAAGAUCGAGACUCUGCGCUUCGCCCACAACUACAUCUGGGCUCUGACCGAGACUCUGCGCAUGGCCGACCAGCACGGACACACGGCGGGAUACCUGCCGGUGGGGUCUGAUCCGAGCAGCCCCACAAGUGUUUCCUCUGCGGAGUGGGACUCCGCGUCACCUGCAGAGUCUGCUUAUGUGACCUCAGCUGACUUUGACCCGAGACACUGUUACAAGAUAUUAUCCAGAGAUCAAUCCAGUGUUAUCCCGGUCACCUUUUAUUUAAAGUCAUUCUGUGGUGAGAAUUAUGUCAAAAACACUUGGCACUGACUUCAUGAGGACAUCUGAACAUAAAGGUGCCGCUGCAUUGCUCUCGAUGGUUGAACACUUGUAGGCAUGUUGCAGUCCCACAUACUGAUCGGUCACGUCAGAGCAGGUGUUUUCCAUCAGCAGUCAGGAGCAAAAACACGUGCAGUGACGUCACUCAUUGAGAUCCUAAUUGCCAAUACAGAUCAUUUUCUACCGUCGCUGUAAAUGUAUUAUUUAAAAAGCACUUACACAUGAAGUGCUUUACAAAGGAAGUCACACGUCAUUUAAGUCCAUUAGUUUGUUUUUAGAACACAAUUUCAUUGUCAUGUCACUUAGUUUUUGCAGAGCAAUCUUACAAUUAGUUUCUCUAAAA